AUGCUGCUGCCACUCCGCACAAGCGCGCCGAGGGGACUGGCCGCCACCACGCUGUCCGCCGCCCAUCGUUCGGCCCGCCUGGCAUCGACGGUAGCCGCUGGCCAGCCUUCGGCCCCGGCCAAAAAGACGCUCGCUGUCCUCGGCGGCGGCAUCUCGGGCCUGGCAUCCGCCUACCGCCUCUCGCAGCGCCUGCCCGCCUCACGCUACCGCGUCGUCCUCCUCGAACAGAGCCAACGCCUCGGUGGCUGGAUCGAUAGCCGCAGAACAACGCUCGCCUCGCCGCCCACCGACCCCAAUGCCCCAUCGACCGCCCUCAUCGAAAAGGGCCCUCGCAGCAUCCGCCCAACCGGUCCCACGGGCAUGGUCAUGCUCGAGCUGCUCCGGUCCAUCGACCUCCUCGACCGCAUGCUCAAGGUACCCAAGACGGCCCCGUCCGCCCAGAACCGCUUCAUCUACUACCCGGACCGCCUCGCAAAGCUGCCCAGCUCCCUCCCUUCGCUCUUCACCGCCCUCGCAAAGCUCCCCUUCCUCCGCUCCGCCCUGCCAAGGGCGGCGCUCGAGUACCGAGUGCCCUCCCGCUUCGCCCGGCCGCGCUCCGAGUCAAAGGCAGAGCAGGACCGCCUGCGACGCCGCGAGGCCCUCGAUGACGAGUCGGUCGACUCGUUCGUCUCGCGCAGGUUCGGAGAGGGGCUCGCUGCCAACCUCGUAUCGGCCGUCAUCCACGGCAUCUACGCCGGCGACUCGCGCAAGCUCAGCGUCAGGAGCGUCAUGCCCUUCCUCUGGGAGGCCGAGCGCACCCACGGCAGCGUGCUCAAGUCGCUCUUCCUCUCGCCCAAGCGCAACCGCAAGUACAGGAGCCUGCCCGAGCACGAGGCUACCGCCAAGAGUCGACGCGAGGGGAGCGCAAAGCAGGUCGAGGCGCGCCUCGGCAAGGAGCUUACCGACAGCUUUAAGGGCACUAGCGUCUACUCGUUCCCCAACGGCCUCCAGGAGAUCAUCGACGCCCUCGAGCAGAAGCUCGACGCUGCCGCCAACGUCGAGGUCAGAAAGGGUGCCGGCGUCGUGUCAGUCGUCGUCGGCGAGGACGGGAAGGUGCUCCUCAAGACCACGGCCGGCGACACGAUCGAGGCCGACCGCGUCAUCUCGGCGCUCCCCUCGGCUCAGAUGGCCAAGGCGCUGCACGCCGAGGCCGAUGGGCUUCCGGGCCUCGAGUUCAACCCGUCCGCCAACGUCGGCGUCGUCAACCUCGUCAUCUCGCCCGCCGCCGAGGGCGAGGCCUCUUCCUCCAAGCCCCUCCUUCCAGUCGAGGGCUUCGGCUACCUCAUCCCGCGCACCACGCCCAACAACGAGGACGGCAUCCUCGGCGUCGUCUUCGAUAGCGACUCGCUGCCGACCCAGGACAUGAAGGACCCGCUCAGCCCGGCCGCCGCCAGCACGCUCGCCCAGCGCCCGAUCAAGCUGACCGUCAUGAUGGGCGGCGCCCACUGGUCUCACCUCGACGCCGCCACGCUGCCGACCGACGACGAGAUGCGACGCCGCGCCGUCCGCGCCGUCUCGCAGCACCUCUCGAUCCCCGCCUCGCUGCUCGAGGACCCGUCGCGCACCAAGAUCCUGCCGACGAUGCAGCGGGACUGCAUCCCGCAGUAUCUCGUCGGCCAUCCGGUCCGCAUGCACGCGCUGCACCGCGCGCUGGCGCAGCACGAGACGCUGUCGGACAAGCUGACGCUCGUUGGCGCCAGCUACACGGGCGUCAGCCUCAACGACUGCGUCGCCUACUCGAUCGAGGCGGCCGACCGCGUGGCGGAUGCCGAGCUGCACGGGCAGGGUCGCAGGACCCGGGCAGUGACCGGCCUCGAGAACUUUGACCACGCCGCCGCCGAGCCGCAACCGGCAUCGGCCGGUUCGAUCAAGGAGAGUGUCACCGAAACGCCGCCCCUCUCUGGCGCCAUGCAGAGGAUGGCACGGAGCGGGCAGAUGUGGUGGCAGCAGGCGGGCCGCACCGACGCCGCCCGGCCGGCCUUUGCAAGAGGCCUGCACACCUCGUCUGCACGAUCCAACGACGGUGCGACUGGCGCCGCCGCUACCGGCUCUGCCGCAACCGCCAAGAAGCCUCGCCCGCUCGGAGAGGUGCUGGCUGAGUCGAUCCGCGCCUCAGGUCCGAUGCCAGUCUCGACGUACAUGCGCACCUGCCUGCUCGACCCGGUGCAGGGCUACUAUUCGAGCGCCAAUGCCGAGCCGACGUCGGCCGACGGCGUGAGCCGGGAGGUGCUGGGCUCGCGCGGAGACUUUAUCACCAGCCCGGAGAUCAGCCAGGUGUUUGGCGAGCUGGUGGCCGUCUUCUACGUGGCGCGGUGGCAGGCGUGCCAGAUGCCACGGCGGACGCGGCUGGUCGAGCUGGGCCCGGGCAAGGGCACGCUGCUGGCCGACAUGCUGCGGACGUUUUCCGUCUUCCCGCAGUUUCUCGACACGGUCGAGUCGAUCCACCUGCUCGAGACGUCCGAGGGCCUGAUGAAGCUGCAGCUCGAGGCGGUGCGCGCCGCCCUCGACCGGGCCGGCAAGAAGCUCGUCCCGGCCGACCAGGCCGAGGUGGCCAAGGACGAGAUCCGCAUCGAGUGGUUCAACGACAUUGCCGACAUCCCGAUCCAGCCCGAGACGUUUACCAUCCUGACGGCGCACGAGUUUUUCGACGCGCUGCCGACGCACAUCUUUGAAAAGACGGUCAACGGCUUCCGCGAGGUGCUCGUGGGCGUCAAGACUGAGCCCCAGGGGCAGAAGGGCAUCACUGUGCUCAAGCCGUCGGACCUGCAGUCGCACAAGAAGCAGCAGCACGACGGCGGCGAGAAGCGCAAGGACGAGCUGCAGUUUGUCCUGAGCCCGGGACCGACGCCGUGGUCGAAGCUGCUGGCCGAGGGCAACAAGCGAUUUGCGACGCUGCAGCCAGGCCAGCGCAUCGAGGUGUCGCCCGAGUCGUGGGCCAUCGCUCGGCGCGUCGGCGAGAUCGUCUCUGGCCGACCUGCCUCUGCACCCCGCUCGUUUGCUUCCGGCGCGGGCGCGGGCGCAGAUGCGGAUGUCAACGCGGCCAAGGAGGCCGAGGCCGAGGCCGAGGCGCAGCGGCUCGCCGCGCCGUCCGAGGGUGGCAUCUCGCUCAUCAUCGACUAUGGCGGCGACCAGACGUACGGCGGCAGCCUGCGCGCGUUUAAGCGGCACGAGAUUGUCGACGUCUUUGACGAGCCGGGCCAGUGCGACCUGACGGUGAAUGUCGACUUCCUGCACCUCAAGUCGGCCUUCGAGACGACCGAGGCAUCGUACCUGGGUCCGAUGGAGCAGGCGCACUUCCUCGUCGCCAUGGGGCUCGAGCAGCGCGUCGAGCGGCUGCGGCGCGACGCCGAUGAGGAGCGCAAACGACAGAUCGAGGGCGCCGCUAAUCGCCUCGUUGACCUGACGGGCAUGGGCCGGCAGUACAAGGUGCUCGCUGUUCAGGCCGACCGCAGCGAGGGCGGGUGGGACGAGGUCGAGCACGACGGCGGCAAGAAGGUCCGCAAGCUCAAGACGCAGCCCGCCGCCAAGCUGUACCCGUUCGAGAUGUGA